AUGUCAACAAAUAUUGCCAAUCAUAAGCCCGCUCUGAUUACAGCCUUGUGCAAAGAAAUUGCGAUAUUGAAGGAAGAGGUACAAGGGCAACAGAGCUCGGGAGCUUCGAAAAAGAAGAUUAAGAAGAUGAAUAAAACUAAGAAUAAGAAUAAGGUAAGGAAGACACAGCAUGGGAAACGAUCAUUCACGAAAUCGUCACUCGUAAAGAGCAAAAGUGUGCCAAACUCCCAUUCUCCUACUGGAGAUGUUGAGGGUGGCACAUCUAGCCCUCGAUCUGAGCAGUUGUAUCGUCAAUCAGAUGACGGAAAAUCUAUAAUUAACGUCAACAUUUUUAGGAACGAGUUGAUCAAGAUUAGACAAGUAUCAUCCUUUGGACUACCAUAUGGGGAGCAAAUGGAGGAGGUCAAAGCUAUCGACAAGUUGAAGAAGAAACUAUCAAAGUAUAAGGCCAAGAAUGCCAUGUGUGAUCGAGUUUUGAUCAAUGGAGAGAAGUAUUCGGUUGUUGCUAAUGGCUAUAUUCUUUCACCCUUGAUUUACUACAAAAAUGCUGGGGAUACUAUAACCUGGAAUGGCCAGUUGUAUGAAGUGACAAACUCUGGUUAUUACACAUCACAACAUGGUUCAAGAGUUAAUGAUAGAGUCAACUGUCACUACUUCACAUCAUUAGGAUUUUGUGAAAAAGGUUCAAACUGCCCAUAUGUACAUAACAAGAAAAAGAUUCGGAUUUGUCCGUACUACUUGAAUGGUUAUUGUGCAGACAGCAAUUGUCUUUUGAGCCAUACUCCAAAUUGCCACAAUACCCCUUUAUGUUAUUUCAACUUGGAGAAUAGAUGUACCAAAUCUCAAUGCAGGUACAGUCACUUGGUUCCGGAACAUUAUGGAGAUAAAAAGUAUGAGAUAAGUAUAUGCAGACCAUUUUCGGUGGGACACUGGUGUCCACGGGGUAGAAAUUGCCCGUUUUUACAUGUUUGGAACUGUCCCGAUUACGAAGAAGAGUUGGCAUGUCCUAGAGGCGAUUACUGUUCCUUGAACCAUCUUUUCACAUUAAGCAUGCAGGACGGGAUUACUACGAAACCGAAUAAAUAUAUUCGGGAACAAACUCUAGUGGAGGGAGAUGAAGAGGAAUCGGUGCUUCCGACGCCUAAAAUUAGGAUCAGUAGCUAUACUGUUGAUCCAAGCGUGUUGCUUGCCACUGAUACUCGCGGAAAUUACCAACAUUACAUUGAUCAGAUACCGCAUAAUGAUAGGGACAUUGAACCAGCUCCAUCUACGCAAUUUUUAAUUGAAAUUUCUUCUGAUGAGGAACAUUUUUUUGAGUCAGACGAUGAGGAAACCAAGGUGAAAAAGGAAAAGGAUUAUGAUGGAAAUUUUGUAGAGUUUUUUUAA